CCCUAAAUCUCUCGCUCUUUUACUUUUGGGGUUCCGUGUUGAUCGACUCAACGCAGAAACGCGAGCGAGAAAGAUAUCGGAACGUUUUGCUUGUCGGCGGCGAAGAUUCUUCAUUCAGAAAAGAAAUGCACGCUAGAGAUAAACAACAACUGAAGAUGGAGGAGGCGUAUACAGAUUCCAUUAUUGAGGAGUUUGCAGAGGAGUUCCGCCUGCCAAUAAAUCAAAAGCCAACAGAAAAUGUAGAUCUAGAUAAUGUGGAACAAGCAUCGCUAGACACACAAUUGACAUCAUCUAACGUUGGGUUUAGGCUUCUCCAGAAAAUGGGUUGGAAAGGCAAGGGUCUUGGAAAGGAUGAGCAAGGAAUAAUUGAACCUAUAAGAUCCGGGAUAAGAGAUCCAAAAUUAGGGAUUGGAAAACAAGAGGAGGAUGAUUUUUUUACUGCAGAAGAAAAUAUCCAGCGCAAAAAACUUGAUAUUGAGUUAGAGGAGACGGAGGAAGUUGCAAAGAAGCGGGAGGUUUUAGCAGAACGGGAGCAGAAAAUUCAAACUGAGGUGAAAGAAAUACGGAAGGUUUUUUAUUGUGAGCUCUGCAACAAGCAAUACAAACUGGCUAUGGAGUUCGAAGCUCACCUGAGUUCAUAUGAUCACAAUCACCGAAAGCGUUUUAAAGAUAUGAGAGAUAUGCAUGGAAGUAGCAGUCGUGAUGACAGGCAAAAACGAGAACAACAACGCCAAGAGAGGGAGAUGGCCAAGUUUGCUCAGAUGGCUGAUGCUCAUAAGCAGCAGCAGCAACAGCAGCAACAACAAGAACAAUCUGGAGCGCCUCCGGUUUCCACUGCACUUAAAAGUGCUAGUGCACUUGCCGUUCAAGAUCAGCGGAAGGCUUUAAAGUUCGGGUUUUCCUCAAAAGGUGGCACAUCCAAGAGUUCAGUCAGUAAUGCUGCAAAGAAGCCAAAAGCAGCUGUUGCGUCGGUUUUCAGUAAUGAUAGCGAUGAAGAAUAGAGAAGUCUAACCCCUUCUGCUAGGCAUCGGUCAAGUUAUAUGGAUAGGAAGAAUUGUACCCUAAUUAACGUUUACAUUGCUUAUUGUUAAUGUAUUUCAAAGUCGAAAACAAUUUGUGACCUGUGCCCUAAAUUAUACAAAUUUAUCCAAUGAAGGGGUCAUCCAGACAAAUUCUGGCAGUCCCACCAUUUGGAUGGUGAGUGUAGUCCGAAGCGAUGUAUAGGGAUAAUUUCUUCUUGUCCUUUUUUUCUUUCUGGAACUAGAUUGUAAGGUACUUUCUUCCCAUGCAUUUGUGCAAAGAUAGUGUUGAUAUGAUUUCUUGGUAUUUA